AUGAAGGGGCAUUCCUCGUCGUCCUCGGGGAAAGGAAACACAAAACCUGGACUAUUCCUCACAUACAGGCAGGAUGCGGGAGCGAGCACUAAGGCGUGGUCUUUCCCUUGCAGCUGGACCUGGCCAGAGCGGGCGACGCCGAGGCCCUGCAGGCGGCCCUCGCCUCCCUCGCCCCCCGCCACCAAGGACUUCUUCGCCGAGAAGCCUCUGCACGUCGCUGCCGAAGAAGGCCACGAAGAAGUAGCCAAGACGCUGAUCUUGGGAGGUGUUGAUGUUAACGGCAAAAAGGAGAACGGCUGGACUCCAUUGCACGAAGCAGCCUCUAAAGGUCACACAUCGGUGGUGACGGCGCUUGUGACUCGAGGGGCGACUGUGAACGGGAAGACCAACCGUGGGUCUACUCCGUUACACUGCGCAGCCCAAGGAGGUCACGAGGCGGCGGCCGAGGAGCUCAUCGUCAAGGGCGCCGAUGUGAACGCAAAGGACGAGGAUGGUGACACACCACUUCACUUGGCUGCUGAAAAAGGUCACAAGGCGAUAGUGGAGAUGUUGAUAGGCAAGGGAGCCGAACCGAAUGCAAAGGCAGAUGGAGGUGCGACUCCAUUGCAUAGAGCAGCCUAUAAAGGGCACACAUCGGUGGUGACGGCGCUUGUGACUCGAGGGGCGACUGUGAAUGAAAUUAACAACCUUGGGUCUACUCCGUUACACUUCGCAGCCCAAGAAGGUCACGAGGCGGCGGCCGAGGAGCUCAUCGUCAAGGGCGCCGAUGUGAACGCAAAGGACGAGGAUGGUUACACACCACUUCACUUGGCUGCUUUUAAUGGUCACAGGGCGAUGGUGGAGAUGUUGAUAGGCAAGGGAGCCGAACCGAAUGCAAAGGGAAAUGGAGGGUCUACUCCGUUACACUUCGCAGCCCAAGAAGGUCACGAGGCGGCGGCCGAGGAGCUCAUCGUCAAGGGCGCCGAUGUGAACGCAAAGGACAAGAAUGGGAAUACAGCACUACACAUUGCAGCUUCCCAAGGCCAUCUCCAUGUCCUGUUUACGCUGGUGAAACUUGGCGCCGCAACAAACGUGAGAACGGCCGAGGAGAGACUCCCAAGGAACUGCUGA